AUGGAUAAGGUGAACCCUACUUGGGUUCAGGACAAUGUUGAUACUAAUGAAGACUCAAAUUGCUCAAAUGGGUUUAAACAACGGGAUCUUCGGCACCUCUUAAAUACAAAAAAGAAAGGGAAAAGAAUAGAAAAACUUAUCAGCUUGAAGCGACAUCUAAAAUGGUGGAAUAAGAACAUCUUUGCCAUUGAUUUCCACUUGUUGAUCAAAGAUGAACAUGAUGUUCUCAACAGUGAAAGAACUUUUGAGCAGCAACAUUCAGAGGCCAAUCUCAUUGAGCUUAGCAGAUGCAAUGCGAUGCUUACUCGUGCUCUAGCAUUUGAAGAAGAGUUUUGGAAGCAAAAAGAUAGAUGUCAAUGGAUUGUUGAAGGAGAAAGGAAUACUAAGUUCUUCCAUGCAUUAGUUAAAAGAAAAAGACAGGGAACCCUUAUCCACCUCAUUACAGAAAGCUCCCGGCACAUUACUUCUCAGGAAGAAAACAAAACCUCCGCAGUAAAAUAUUUUCAGAACCUCUUAACCGAUGAAAAGGAUUUACUAGCCUCUUCUAUCAACAUUGUUGGGACAUUAUCCACGAAGAUCUUAUUGCUGCGAUCCAAGAAUUUUUCAUUGGAUCUCACAUCUCGAGAAGUUUUACUGCCUCCACCCUCAUCCCUUUUUCCUAAAGUCGAUGAUUCUGUUUACUGGAACAACUUCAGGCCGAUAGGCUUGUGCAACGUGGUUAACAAGAUCAAAUCCAAAAUCUUGUGUACAAGGCUAGCCUCCAUCAUUCCUCCCAUGAUAUCCAAGACUCAGAGGGGAUUUUUCAAAGGACAGCGUAUUGCGGAUAAUAUCUUACUUGCGACUGAAAUGGUUCAUGAUUUCAACAGCCGCCAAAAAGCACAUAGCCUCAUCAUGAAACUUGACAUGGAAAAGGCUUAUGACAGAGUUAAUUGA